AUGGAGAAUAUAUCCAUUGGACUAAAUGUCAUAGUUAAAGGGAAAAGAGGAAUUGUUAGAUUCGUGGGAAAGACCCAAUUCGCUCCGGGAAAUUGGGUGGGAGUUGAAUUAAUUGAAGAAACAGGAAAGAAUAAUGGUUCUAUAAAUGGCGUAGAAUAUUUCAAAUGCACCAAACCGGGAUUAUAUGGCUUAUUUGUCUCACCCAAUCUUGUAGAGAUUCCUGGCGAUAAAGCUUUAGGAGUCAGUCCCAAGAAAUCUCAGGAUAAAAGAUUGGAGCUUAUCAUUGACCGUCUACAGUUAAAACUACAGGACUCAUUGAAAGAAGUAAAAAUCUAUAAGGAAAAAGUUGACCAAUACAAAGAUGUAGAGUCUCAAUUAGAGUCUUUGACUAUCGAUAGGGACUAUUUCAAAGACCAUAGUGAUGAUUUGAAGCAUCAGUUAGAUGAAAUGAACAAGAAAUAUCGACAGUUAUCAGAAGACUUUGAAGUUUUAAAAGAAGAACUUGAGGUUAAUAAACAGAUUGAAGAUGAGAUCACAAUGAAUGAAUCAUCUGACCCAACCGUUUUGAUUGCAAAGAUCCAAAGACUCGAACUUGACAUUAUAGGUUUGAAAAGUUUCAAUGAAACCAACGAAUUGAAGUUGACCAACGAACUUUUAGAAUUAUCAGACAAAUCAGUACCUAAAGACGAUUACGAGCUUUUGAAGACUAAAUUUACUUUAGCUGAAGAGACCAUCAAAACUCUAAAGACACAACUUGAAACCAUCAAUGACUCAGAAGACAUUAUCAAUCAUUUGACUGAUGAAAAUAACGACCUUAAAGACAAGAUCAAUGCCUUAACUAAGCAAUUAGAUGAAUUGAUCGAGCUUCAACAAUUGGAUGAUGAUUUACAAGAAAACCAUAAUGAAAUAGAGAACCAAUUAAAUGAAACAAUCAUCAGUCUCAAUCAAAAGUUAGCUGAAGAAAAGCUCAAGAAUGAAAGAUUGGUCGAACCAGGUGAAGUUUCAAUAGGAGAGACCAACAAACUUUCCAAGAUUAUUGAAAACUUGAAAGUUGAAUUGAAUUCCAAAACCAGAGACUAUGAAUAUUUGAAUUUUCUUUUGAAGAUUUCGAACAGUCAAAAGUUGAUAUUGAACAAUCAUUUCAAAUUGAAAUUCGAUUUGCUUGCCUUAAACCAUAUUAUAGAAUAUUUAGCUAAUGAGGAAUUAGAACCAUAUUUGAGGUUGAUUCACCAAAUAUCUGAGGACGGAGAUGUCCCCAUUGAUGAUUUGAUUACUGAAUUGCUUCAUCGUAUUCAAGAACACAUCAUUACUGAUCUCAAUGUAGAGAAGUUAAAGAUGUAUAUUCAAUCCAUGUUUGAUCGAAUUCCUUCAAAUAGGAAUUACAACAAAUGUUGUCUAGACUUUAUAUCCUUUCGGACCGAUGAUGAAGACAUAAUGUCGAGGAUUGAAAGAUUAGAAUUUGUUGAUGAAGUCAAUGAACGUUAUAAUAUUGAUAUUGAUUUUGAGAAGGACCAAAAUUUCUUAUCCCUCCUUGGUCAACUGUUUACCAAAGCAAAAGUGGUUGAAGAAUCUGUUGAUAAAGAUAAGUUAAUAAAUGAUCUUGAAUUGACCAUACAGUUGAUGCAAAAUAAUUUGACAAUGAUGAAUAAGACUCAUCAAGCAAAAUUAAAUGAUUUGGGGAGUGAACUAAAUACUAUUAGCCAGCAGUAUAAUGACCUCAAGAAUUCAUAUAAUCAAGUAAAUGCUAAGAACGAUCACUUGAAAAGGGAGCUUGACACUCUCCUUGACUAUGAUAAGAUAUUGAAUUAUUCCUAUGUGAAACGAGGUAAGGAAACAGAGUUAAUUGAAAAAAUUGGUUUGAUUGAUGAGAUCACCUUCCUUCGGAAGAAGAUAAGACUUCAGAUUAACCCCAAACAAGAUCUCAAUUGGUUGAAAUCUCCAACUCAUACUUUCCAAGGAGAAAAGUUAACUGAUUUGUCCCUGCAUUUAAGGAAAAUAUCCAAUUCUGUUCGACUUUUAGACGUCCAAAGGGGUUUCCUGAAAAGACAGGAUAAUCCCAAGUUCGUUGUGGCAACAAUCAAUGAACAAUAUUCCAAGUACCUCAGCGAAAGAGAAAAAAUCAUAAGGGACGUAUAA